UAAAAAUGCGUCAAAUUGCAAUUUCUGUAUUCCUUAUUUCUGUAACAUAUGGAUAUCCGUGGUUUCAAGGGAAAAUUCCAAAUGGUAACAAAGUCCCAGAUCCCUGUAAAGGAGGCUCGUACAUAUGGCUUGCUGUUGGACAUAAAAGUGAAGCAGGAAGCGGUCCCAGGAACAGUUUCGGACAGGACUUUUUCUAUGCUAAUUUCAAAUGGACUGUUAACCUUUGUGAAAUGGAUUCUGAUGGGGACGGUAAAACCAAUGGUGAAGAACUAGGAGAUCCAAAAUGUGAAUGGUACAUUGAAGCAAUAAACCCGGUGAUAUUUAAUGCCACUGGCCAUCCAGGAAUAUGCGAGCCUAUGGGUAGUCCUAAAUGCAGAGUAAAAAAUAUUGGGAUGUACUGUGACAGUGUUAAUGGUAAAGUUAUUGGCCGAUAA